AUGAUGGAGCACUGGGCUCCAAAUUCUGGCAUGCAGAACACAUCGUUGUGUGACGGCAGUACGGCUCACGAGGAUGUUGACUCUGACAGUGUCUCGUUCAGCGACGACACCGCCGCUUCUAACCACAACAAGCGCAAGCGAACUAACGCACGCAAGUCGGUAUCAGGAUUUCCAGCAUACUACCAGUAUCUUCCUGCUCGCUCCGACUUAUAG